AUGCGAGCGAUAUCAACGUAUGGCCGCGCUUUGCAGAUAAUAUUCCCUCCUUCCUUUCCAAUCCUCUUCUCCCUCUCUCAUUUCUUCUUUGCAGAACAUCGACGGCUGCGAUGGAGGUCGUUGGCGCGAGUCCCAAUCUGGGCCGUCGGAUUCAGACCAGGAUGGCUAUUUAAGCGGCCUUGUGUAAUUUUUUUAGUAGAGAGAGAGAGAGAUGGAGAUGGAGGUGGAGACGAGUUUUGGAGAGAAGGCGAAUGUGGGUUCUGGUUUUCCAUUGAAGAUUUGGGAGGUGGUGGCUGCUUUCACCAUUGUUUUGGUGUUUAGUUUGGGGCUUUUUUGUGUUUAUUUGACGAUGCCUGCUUCUGAUUAUAGCUUCCUUAAAUUGCCUCAGAGCCUUGAAGAUCUCCAGGUGCUCAGGGGUCACCUCGAGACCUAUACAAGAGACUACACAGCACAAGUGCUUGUGGGCUACUGUGCGGUGUAUAUUUUCAUGCAAACAUUCAUGAUCCCAGGGACUGUGUUUAUGUCAUUGCUUGCUGGAGCCCUUUUCGGGGUCCUAAAAGGUGUGGCCUUGGUUGUUUUUACAGCCACUGCUGGUGCAUCUUCAUGCUUUUUCUUGUCAAAGCUCGUUGGGAGGCCACUUGUCUUCUCCCUAUGGCCAGAUAAACUAAGUUUCUUUCAAGCCCAGGUGGCUAAAAGAAAACAUAAGUUGUUAAACUACAUGCUAUUCUUGAGGGUGACCCCCACUCUGCCAAACACAUUCAUAAAUGUGGCUUCCCCAAUAGUUGACGUGCCCUACCAUAUAUUCUUCUUGGCCACUUUCAUCGGAUUGAUUCCAGCUGCUUAUGUCACAGUCAGGGCCGGACUUGCUCUUGGGGAGCUGAGAUCGUUGGGGGAUUUGUAUGAUUUCCAGUCAAUUGCCACAUUGUUCUUCAUUGGAGUAGUAUCAGUGACACCAACACUUGUCGGCAAGAAUAAAGAAGCAUAGAUAUUCAUAUGCAUGGGAGGGCAAUUAAGACGAUCAUACCCACGUGAUUAAGAUAAUCAUGCCCAUGCAAUUAAGCUUAUUAUGCCCCCUUAUAGUUUUUUAGGAAAGAUAGUACAGAACUUCCCGUGUUGAUUUUAUUGGAUUGGUACCAAUACAAAGAUUGUGUGCUCGGGUUAAGGCGAGAGAAACACAUUGUUGCUGCAAUGAUUGUGGAGCCAUUUCUGUCUUCCUGUGCAUAGUAGCAAAGUUUAGUAAUUGUUAGUUUGAAAGGCAGGCAUCCUUAAUGUAAAGUAUCACUCCAUGGCAAUCUCUUCCUGUACAGACAUGAUAGCCAUAAGUGGGAAAAAUUCAAUUGUUUCAACUCUGAUAACUUUUCGAGAUUCCACCACUUCACUUGUUAUCUUCCUUUAUAACAGGAAGAACGGUAUUCUGGAUCAAUUGAAAUUCAAAAGAAUAAGUGUAACAAUUGGAUGUCGUUGUAUCAAGUUUCUAGCUUUAAUUGUCAUAGAUAAUCUUUCAAA